GUUGUGAUAAACUUAUUAAAUAGAUGUCCUGAUACUGAAUAAAGAGCUUAUAACUUGUCGUUGUUGGGAGAUUACCUCACACCGCAAUUUGAUUUGGACCCGAUUCAUUUGAAAUCUCAAUGGCGACUGAUCAGUGCAUGUCGUUAUGGCCGAGGGUGAAAUCGGUGCUCGUGUCCAAUCGAGAAAACCAGAAGAUGUUGCAAGAUGUCUACAGCAACUACAACAUCCCAAUCGAGAUCAGAGAAAAGUUCCCUACCUUCAUAGAGGAAGUUUUCCUCCCCAAUUUCCCUGAAGAUGGUCCAGGGGGUGAAUUGACACCAUGUCAAUCGUCAAAUGUAGACAGUGACAAUGCACAGAGGCUGCUCGAAUUCAUGAUUGCUGGAGUCUCCGCGGAUCUAAACUCGAGUUCUCAAGGUUCGGAGGAGGCGAUCAUGAUGAAUUUGAAUCUGCAGAGUGUUCUGGACAGACUAAAAGCAUAUCUGGACCAGGAUCCGGAGAUCUUCAAGGCCAGGAUGCAGGCAUGUCUCAAUGAAGAGUUGCGAAUGGUUGCCAUCACAGGCGCAUCUAACGGGGAGGCUGCUUUCAUGAAUGGAAGCGCGACAGAGCUUGUCGAACAAAUAGACGAACAGCAGAAGAACUCCAUCAGUAUACAUAUCACAGAACUACUCAACAGAAUUGCUGCUCGUGUGGACAACGAAGAUGCUAACAUUUCGAUCAUCCAAGAGACCCAGGAACACUUUUUCAACACAGUAGAAAACUAUAAACGUAGAGAAGCCGAAGCCAAAUUGUUCCGGUCUCGCUACGGCGACGGGCUCUCAAUAACCAACUCAGUUGACAACAUGAUGCUGGGAUCCCACCAUCUCAUGGGAGACCUGUCGCAGCCGGGUUCUGUCGUGUCCAUGCACGAAGGUCACAUGUCCGGUCCACAGAGUCCUGUAGACCCGCUGGCUAAUGUGUUGGCGGCUGAAGCUCAAGCUCACACUGACGUCAUAAUGGCAGCAAAGACCAUUCAGAACAACAGAGAAGCUGUGUACAACAGUCUAACUGAUACUGUUGGCAUGAUAGAAGUUUUGAAGAAGCACAUUCUGGUUCAACUGGUCGAGUGGUGUUCGAAACAACAGAGCUAUGCAUUGCCGCUCACUUUCUCCUCAUGUGGUGCAAAUAGUGCCUCCGCUGCAGCCUCAGUCAGCUCCUCCACUCCCGCAACCCCUGCUACCGCAUCCCAAACCACCAGCAUCGCAGCCUCAGCUGCUGUUGCUGUGGGCGCCGGAGCUACCCAAGUUUCAGGAAUGGGCGAUGGUUUCCACUCGAUGCCGGAGUUGUUGGAACAGAAUUUGAACAGAGAUCUGGACAAAUUGCAGUCGUGGUGUGAGAGUCUGUGUGAUAGUGUACUCCGGACUAGACAACAGUGUCGUGAGUUUGUGCUUCUGAAAGAAACGGUGCCACUGCAAGCCACAGACGAUGCUUCCAUGCAGGCACUUCUGGCCAAAGUGAACUUCCUGCUCAAGGACCUGACCGAGAAGACAUUCCUGGUCAACAAGCAGCCCCCUCAAAUCCUCAAGAAAGACUCCAAAUUCAGCGUCAGUGCCAGACACUUAGUGGGGCACAAAUUACUGGCAUACUUGACCCACACUGCUGUGUCCCAGGGAAACACUCUGAACAUGGGCAGUGUGAACAUAGACCUGUAUUACGACUACGUGGCUAAAAACAUAGUGAACGGAGAGGCCCUUCCGAAGAACUCAGCCACCGCCGCCCUACUCACCAACAACCAGGUUAAGAACGAGUCUAGCGCGGCGUCUAAGCAGGCGUGCACAGUAUUUAAAAACUUGGUGCUGACUAAACUGAAGCGGACGGAAAAGCGCAAUGCUCACUACACGGAGAGUGUGAUGGAGGAAAAGUUGCGCUUUAUUGUCCACACGGAAAUGACCUUGACCUCCAGGAGUGACCUGAUGGUACAGGGUCUCUCCUCCGUAUUGGGAAGCAGUCAGCUGCUGAAGGAGAAUGACAGCAUCACAUUCCGACUUACUUCCAUGUCUCUCCCAGUUGUGGCCAUCGUGCACGGAUCCCAGGAGCCCAAGGCGUCUGCAGUUAUCCUGUGGGACAACAAGUUUUCCAAUCAGUUCGUGGACCCCUUCAAAGUGCCCGACUCAGUCCACUGGUAUGAACUGGCAGACCUGUUGAACUCGCGCUUUGUGUUUGGCGGCGAAGUGAAUAGACUGGGAGCGGAAGAUCUCAAGUUCCUAUGCAGCAAGUUAUUUCACAACCAGCCAAUGCCGGAGAACCCGAGCGACAAGCACAACAAGAACCUCGUGAUCACAUGGGCACAGUUUUACAGGGGACUGUCGCCCGGCAAGAACUUCACAUUUUGGGAGUGGUUUUACGAGAUCACAGAACUCAUGCACGAUUCAAACACUAAGACGCCUUUGUACAUCCGGGAGUUGUGGAACAAAAACUACAUCAGAGGCUUCAUUUCGAAGGAGGAAGCGAAAGAUCUUCUCAUGGCCACCCAGCAGCCGGGAACUUUCCUCAUCCGAUUCGCUGAGUCAGAAAAGGCUGCUAUCACCAUAUCAUGGCUGUGCUACUUGCCCGGCUCAGUCACAAUGGAGGUGUUCAAUCUGAAACCGUUCACAGUGCGCGAUCUUCAGACAAGAUCUCUGCCUGACAGAAUUCGUGAUCUGCACGACCUCACCUACCUUUACCCAAAUUGGCCAAAAGAUCACGUUUUCGGUAGCUACUACUCCUCCAAAGACGCACUGCUGGCGCCGAACGUGGACGGGUACGUGAAAACAGAUUUGAUCACAGACAUCCCUUUCAUCGGGGAGCGACUGAAGACUAGCGGAUUCGGCCCUGGGUCCCAAAUUGAUCAUGCGGCCUUGGACAAUAUUUUGGAAAUGCUCGCCACAAAUAGUCCGGAAGCGGAUGACGGAACAAUGGAGUUCACAAGUCCCACCGGCUCUACCUGAUCCAAACCUGAACUCUGAUUACCUCACUUAAAACGCCGCUGAUCUACAAAAUGGUUGUUUAGUCAAUUCUUACUGCGUUGUUCUAUCCGUUUAUUUAUACACACCACACCCUCUCCUUUCCAUUUUCUCAAAGCUGUACAUUAAUUAAUGUAGUUAGAUCUUCAUGAUUGUCUGACAUGACUACCUCUUCGUGUUGUGAUGUGUUGUGCAGCAGCAGCAUCAGUAGCUAAAACUGCUGCUUAUCGGUUGUAAAUAUCAAGUUUUGCGCUUCAUACUAUUUUAGUGUUCGAUUCAUCUUUUUGGGUUUAAAAAUAAAGAUCGAUGACGAUUCGAAAAAAUCAUAUUCAUUAAGGAAUGAGACCCGUAAUCCUUCAAAAAGUCUUGUUUUUGGACUUCAAGCAUAGUAAUUGCUUGGAAAUAUAAUAGCGUCAGCUGUCUUCGCCAAAAGAAAGUAUAGUUAAUAAAUAGCUUGUUUAUUAUCGCGGCUGAUUUACGAUUGGGAUCGAAUGAUUAAUAGGCUACUAAAAUACCGUUCCUCAUUUUUAUCUAAAUUUUUUUAAUAGAGGUAUAACCCGAUAAUUGCUAUAAGCUAUUUUUUCUACGCGAAGACACUCAAUCAGCCCCUGAACUGCUGAAAGCCCUGCGUAUUGCAGAUUUCAAAGUGAAAACUAACGUAAUUUGUAUCUUUUAUAGAAAUCUUAUUUCAAUAAAUUUCUUGAUAAUCUAA